UCUCACAUACACACACAUUACCCCCACUAUGGUGUAUAAUUCUCGAUUCAUGAUUAAUUUAGCCCUAAUCCCUCCUUUCUCCACACUUCCAUUUCCCUCUCUCUGCUCUCCUCUGCUUUGCUCUUCUCUCUGCUCUCUGCUUCCUUGUUUCUUCUUCCUUCCUUCCUCUUUCUGCCUUUCUCUCGUGUGUCUCUAUCUUUCUUGUUCUUAUUCCCUUAGUGUUCUAUCAUGUACUUCUUCUCUUGGCCUUCGUUCGAUUACAUUCACUAGUUGUCCUGGCGGGCGGGUGAGAUGGGGUCGAUAGACCGGUCGAAGAGGAGGAGUAGUCAGCUGUGGAAGAAGGCGCUCGUGCACUUCGCCAUGUGCUUCGUGGUGGGCUUCUUCACCGGCUUCACGCCGCCCAGCACCGCUACCCUCUUCGAGCGCCGGCCCGUCAGUAGCAUCGGCAUCCUCCCCGCCGCCCCCGUCGAGGCCGUGGAGCGGGUCGUCGAGCGCGGCGCGUCCGUCAACAGGACCCUGGCCGAGAUCACGAGCACGGUCCCGGCCGCCGCCGUGCGCGACGAUCCGCCGCCGGACGCGGAGGCGUCGGGGACGCGCGGGCCGGAGCCGUCGUCCCGGCGGCUGCUGAUCAUCGUCACGACGACCCGGUCCAGCGACCGGUUCUUGGGCGCGUCGCUGCGGCGGAUGGCGCACACGCUGCGCCUGGUCCCGCCGCCGCUGGUGUGGCUCGUCGUCCAGGCACACGCGGACGCCGCCGCCACCGCCCCGAUGCUGCGGACAACGGGAGUCAUGUACAGGCACCUGAGCUACAAGGAGAAUUUCACCGACCCGGGGGUGGAGGCCGAUCACCAACGGAACGUUGCCCUCAGCCACGUCGAGUACCACCGUCUCACUGGGAUCGUCCACUUCGCCGGCGCGUCCAACGUCUAUGAUCUCCGCUUCUUCGACGAGAUUAGAGAGAUCGAGGUUUUUGGGACAUGGCCAGUAGCAAUGGUGUCAGAAAACAGGAAGAGAGUGAUGCUGGAUGGUCCUAUUUGUCUUUCGACAAAGGUCCAAGGAUGGGUCUUGAAGGACUUGAGCAGUGACAAGAGGUUGUUGGUGGCUAGCACAGAAUUGAACCCUAAACCUCCCAAGAUUAAUGUUUCUGGUUUUGCAUUCAAUAGCUCCAUACUGUGGGAUCCCGAGAGAUGGGGCCGCCCUACCUCAUUGCCCGACACAUCACAGGAUUCAAUCAAGUUUGUGCAUGAAGUCAUCUUAGAAGAUGACAGAAAGCUGAAGGGUAUUCCUGCCGACUGCUCCAAGAUCAUGGUGUGGCACCUCUACACACCGAGUGUAAUUCCACUGCCCUUUCACUAUCAAAAGCUUAGAUCAGAAGGUAAAUAAGGGGAGAGAGAGAGAGAGAGAGAGCUGUGUAAAUGAGAGAGAGAGAAAUAUGUAAUGUUAGUCGUGGUCUUUAUUUCCUUUCUUUCGGGGAAAGCUAAAUAAGCAUCCUGAUGGCCACCUCAUUUAAGGGGGGAAUCCGAUGCCUGUCGGCUACCCUAAUCUUAGAUAUCUUAGUUUAAGAUUGAUCAUGAUGCAUGUUUACAGGACAAGCAUUUUGCUUGUUGUAUGGGUCAUUGUUAAUGAUAAUAUGUUAGGGGACUAAUGAUUGAGAAGGACAUUCUUCACAGAAUGCCAAAUGCCAUGACCUGUCUACUAAUUUCUUUCA